UGAGGGUGGCCUCUUCCCUCCUCUGCCCUGAAGCUGUAUCACAGAUAUUUUCCAGUCCUAGUGUGAUAAAGGCUCCAUGCUGAUGAAUCUCUGCACAUUGGAAGAGGCGGAGCUCAUGUGUAACGCAGCGUCAGGGGGAGGAAUUACUUAUGUAACUGGGACAGCAGAUUUAGCAGAAGGAGAGAGGAGGCAGAGACUGGGGAUGGGAGCAGUGAGUUGUCGGCAAGGGCAACACACUCAGGUGGCUGCUCCUCACAAGCAGGGUGGCAACAUCCAGGGCUCCUGGGCCAGAGCCUGGAAGAGCCUCUGGUCAGGUCUGGGGACCAUCAGGUCAGGUCUGGAAGAGCUGUGGGAACUACGGGGUCAUCAGUGCCUGCACCAGGAGCCCCUAGAGCCAGCCCCACUGCUGUCUGAGUGGCCAGUGCCUCAGUUCAUCAGCCUCUUUCUACCGGAGUUUCCCAUUAGGCCCAUUAGGGGGCAGCAGCAGCUGAAGAUUUUAGGCCUUGUGGCUAAAGGCUCCUUUGGAACUGUCCUCAAGGUGCUAGAUUGUGCCCAGGAAGCUGUAUUUGCAGUGAAGGUGGUACCCAAGGUAAAGGUCCUACAAAUGGACACCCUAAGGCAGUGCAAAGAGGAGGUUAGCAUCCAGCGACAGAUCAACCAUCCUUUUGUACACAGCUUGGGGGACAGCUGGCAGGGAAAACGGCACCUCUUCAUUAUGUGUAGCUACUGCAGCACAGAUCUGUACUCCUUGUGGUCUGCUGUUGGCUGUUUUCCUGAGGCUUCCAUCCGUCUCUUUGCUGCUGAGCUGGUCCUGGUGCUAUGCUAUCUCCAUGACUUGGGCAUCAUCCAUCGAGAUGUGAAGAUGGAGAAUAUCCUCCUGGAUGAACGAGGCCAUCUGAAACUGACAGAUUUUGGUCUAUCCCGCCACCUUCCCCAGGGAGCCAGAGCCUAUACUAUUUGUGGUACUCUUCAGUACAUGGCACCAGAGGUCCUGAGUGGAGGACCUUACAAUCAUGCUGCCGAUUGGUGGUCCUUGGGUGUUUUGCUUUUCUCUCUGGCAACUGGAAAGUUCCCAGUGGCUGCAAAGAAAGAUCAUGUGGCCAUGUUAGCAAGUGUGACCCACUUUGACUCUGAGAUCCCAGCUUCUCUUAACCAGGGGCUCUCACUCCUGCUCCAUGAGCUUUUAUGCCAGAAUCCUCUCCACCGUCUCCGUUAUCUGCAUCACUUCCAGGUCCACCCUUUCUUUCGGGGUGUGGCCUUUGACCCAGAGAUCCUACAGAAGCAACCAGUGAACUUUGUCAUGGAGGCACAAGCUACCCAGCCCAGUCCAUCGGAGUCUGUGUUCUUCAAGGACUUUGACUGUGAUCUGGAGUCCUUCCUGGUCCACCCCAUCCCUGAUUGAGCCUCUCUGUUUUAGAUUGGGGCCCAGCUGGGAACCUGACGAUCUCCUCCACUGUCAACUCAGUAUGACCACCUUGAUGAUCCAGUGUGUUUUUACUGUGUAGCCCCUUACCAUUCUGUUCUUCUAGGCGUUGGACCAAAGCUCCAGUUUUGGGCAUUCUCCUACUGGUAGCCACAACUGGCCCUAGCCCUUCCCCUUCGUACAACCCACCUCUCAAUUCAACAUCUCAGAUCAGGGUGGUGACCUUUUCCUUUCCUUCACUUCGCAAGUUGUCAGCCAGAGGCUUCUUCCACUUUUCCCUCUUCUUGUUUCUUUGUCAUGUUUCCU